AUGCCUUCCUCAGCGACCCCUACCGCAUUCCCGACUGAUUCCAUCCAACCUCAGACUCAGUCAGGAACGGGCUUAGAUAGCAAAUUAGAACCCAAACCAAUUUACACUAUGCUAGAACAUUUUCAUUCGGAAAAUGGGAAUCCGUCGUUCCAUGAAUAUACCGGUUGUGGUAAACUCAAAAAUAGAAAAGUCUUGAUUACUGGAGGCGAUUCUGGGAUCGGACGCGCGGUGGCACUGAUGAUGGCCAGGGAGGGUGCGAAGAUUUCGAUCGUAUUUCUAGAGCAAGAGAUGUCGGAUGCCAAGGAAGUUAAAGCGCAAAUCGAGAAAGAAUCUAAAGAAUUCAACAACGGUAGUGGCUGCACUCUAAUCCCAUUAGAUCUAAUGAGCAGAGACAACUGCUUCAAAGCUGUUCAGAGACAUGUCGAUGAACACGGAAGAAUCGAUGUUCUUAUUAACAACUCCGGCCGGCAAGAUCUCUGUGACAACUUCGAAAAAAUCAAUUUAGAUCAAGUGGAAAACACGUUCCGCCUGAAUAUUUUUGGUAUGUUUGCAAUCACAAAAGCUGCGCUACCCCACAUGCGUCGAGGUGGAAGCAUCAUCAACUCCACUAGUGUUGCGGCUUAUAAGGGGAGUCCGAAUUUGGUGGAUUACGCGUCUACCAAAGGCGCAAUCGUCACUUUCACCAAGUCCCUCGGCCUUCAAUUGGCACCAAGGGGAAUCCGCGUCAACGCCGUCGCCCCCGGAAUCAUAUACACGGCCUUGCAGGCUGCCACGGGAGGGCAAGCACCAGAAACGGUGGAUAGCAUCGGCGUUGAGGCAGCUCCAUUAGGUCGUCCGGGACAACCUUCUGAGGUCGGGCCCGCUUACGUUUUUCUAGCCUCUCACGAGAGUACCUACACUACCGGCGCGGUCAUACACGUCACGGGAGGGACGGAAGUAUACGGUUGA